CUACCAACCUGGCAUCGAUGCGCUUCAACGGAGGCGGCCUCCCCGCCCCACGCCUUAGAGCGAGCGAGCGAGCGAGCGAGAGAGCGCGAGAAAAAGGAGGGACGGGCAAUGGCGGUCCUCUCCCAAUACCAAUGGCAUAAUCCCCAAAUAUCCCAUAUUCUUUGAUACUCCCGAACUCGCUCUGCCACUCCUAUUCUGUCCUCCUCCUCCUCUCCGUCGAUCCCUUCUCUGGAAACCGAGAAGAGAAGCACUGGAAGAACAAGAGGAGAAGAAGAAGACGACGACGACGAAAAAGAGGGACAUCCGAUCCGGAAUUCCCUGAUACCAGAUCUUUGGGUAGAGAGGUAAAAGGAUCUUUUAAUGGUUUCCAGUUCUAUUCUGUCUACGUUUCUUGGAUUGAAACCCCAUCCAUCAGUAGCGUGAAACAAAGAAUUUGGAUGCCGCCGUUACAAGAUCAUUGCAAAUUUUUGAUUUUGUUUUGUUUUUGUUUUUAUGGGAACACAAUCAGUAUGAAAAACGAUGAAUUACUAUUAUAGGUAAGCCUGAUUAAGAUAUCGGAAGGCGUGCCUUUUAGUCUCUGUUUCUAUUCCGUCUGUCUUUCUUGUUUGAAUGGGAACCCCAAUCCUCCUUGGUUGAAGAAACCUGACAUAAUCUUGUUUAUUGCCGGAUCUUUGUAAAGGUCGGUGCUUUUAAUGCUUUCCGGUUUGAACCCCGUCUGGGUUCAUCUGGCGGUGCCCUAAUAAGUAGGAAAGGCGAAAUAUUGGAGGAUUUUGUUGGGGGCGGCGAUGGGGAUAGCCUCUUGGCGAUCUUUCCUCUGACGGCCCCUCAUGUGCAAUCAGGGAUUGAAGCACCGUCAGUCUGAGAUCCCUUUGUCCGCCGCUGCUGCUCAUUUCUCUCCGAUCCCGGGCGAGAUGGAAUCUGCCACUGCUACCGCCGCCGUCCCCCUUGAUGAGCCCCCACGCGUCAAGUUCCUCUGCAGCUUCGGUGGGAGCAUCCUCCCCCGCCCGCUUGACGGGCGGCUCCGCUAUGUUGGUGGUGAGACCAGGAUCGUGACCGUCCCCCGAGACAUCUCCUAUGAGGACCUUUUGGCUCGGAUGCGGGAGCUCUUCGAGGGGGUCGUGGUCAUCAAGUACCAGCAGCCUGAUGAGGACCUUGAUGCUUUGGUCUCGGUUGUGAACGAUGACGAUGUGAUGAAUAUGAUGGAGGAGUACGACAAGCUCGGUGCCACCGGCGAUGGGUUCACUCGGCUCCGGAUCUUCCUCUUCUCGCAGCACCCUGAUCAAGAUGCGGCCUCUAUUGUGCAUUUCGAUGCUGACGAGCGAGAGACGGAGAGGAGGUAUGUCGAUGCCCUUAACAGCCUUAGUGACACUAAAUCUCCGUCGCCACCUGAUAUCUCCGAGCAGUUCUUUGGGCCCCCGACCAUUGAAGGGGGAAUUCACAAUCAGCUCAGCUUACAUCAUCUCAAGAUUCCUCACCCCUCUCACGGGCAGUGGAAUGGCGAAGUGGAUGGUCCAUGGAGCCCUGCCUACUUCUCCCCAGGGUGCCAUGCUGCCCAUGACCCUAGGGAAUUCCCACCUUCACCCUCGUCUGCAAGAUUCCACCUUGGGCCUGGAGAAUUUAAUGAAAGGGUUUCGGAUGAGUUUGUUAGGCAGUCACCCGGACACCAACUCCUUCAGUACGAUCACCACUCUCCACACUCAAUGGAGAACGUGGUGUGGCUCCCCCCAGGAGCCAUCAUCCAAGAAAAGGCUGGAUUUCCAAGUAAUUUAGGCCAUUCUCACAAUGUUAUGGAGGGAAGUAGUAUCUGUGAGCAUUGCCGCAUGGCUUUUCAGAGGAAUCAAGGUUCUGUGUUGGAUGCUCGGUAUCUUGACUCUCGCUGGAAGCAUGGGCAGCCUCACGUGGAGCAAUCAAACGUGGGGAAUGAAUAUGUUGGUCAUUUUUCUAAUUCAUGUGCUGAGUGCUACCAUGGCAGGGAGGCAUAUAUGUUAAACCAAGAUGUGAAACUGGACCAAGGUAGAUAUGUGCAAGAGCAGAAUGAGCGCCACCGCCCUUUCUAUAACGAGCCUCAUGGUCAUGACAAGGGUUAUGUUUUACACCACCAUCAGGUUAAUCAUCGACUCGAGGAUCCGAGAGUGCAUCUCUCAGGAACUGGUCGGGUAAGUGAGCACUAUGUUGUUGAUGGGAAUGUCAUGAAUGUUCCUUUUGCACACGGAAAUGUUUAUAAUGAACAUACAGUUCCAUCUAACUGCAUCAACCAUGAUGACACCCGUUACCUUCGACCUGGCACCGAACUUGGGAAUGAAGUAUUUCAUGUCCAACAAACAGUUGGAGGUGGUGCUCACACACAUAUCUCGGGCUUUGAAGAUAAUGCUGUUCGGUAUGGGAAUCAUCCUUCUCCAUAUGGUGCAGACAGUCUUUACCAAGUGCCACAAAAUUUGGCUCCCAUUCAAUCUUCAAGGAGAAAAGUACAACCCCCUGUGCGUCCAGGAACAUCUUACGAAUCACCGGGUUUGAUGAUGCCAAAUGGUGGGAUGAAUUCGGGUUUCAUAAGACGUACACAAGAUGGGAGUCCAAGAUAUCCCUUUGUCGGGGUUGAUGAUCAAGUUCAGAGUCCUUGGUCUAUGCAGAAUGAUACUAAAUCACAGAGAAUGUAUGGUUUUGAUGGAUCUGCUGCCCCGGAUUACCUUUACUACCAUGGUUCUAGGAUAUCCCUUGCUCCUGAUUCUGUUCAAGGUCAACUUGGUACUUUACAUGCGGAAUCACCUUCAGAAGCAAUACCUAUUGCACCCACAUCUUCAUGCCCAGUUAAUGGUAAAGUAGUUGCUUCUUCUGCUUCUGACUAUCACCAUUCCCCUUCAAUGGGCUCUGAUGUAAUUCUAAGAAUGCAAGCUGCAGAGGAGAAAAAUCAGAUUGUAGAAGUGUAUGAAACAAAACCUGCAGAGACAACAAAGCAAGCUGGUGCAGAGACAGUAGAAGAACCAGAUGAACAUAUGAAUCUGUCACCAAACAAUAAACAAAAACUAGAAUUUGAUUCAAAUGAACUGAAGCCUAUCGAAGAGGAACACCACACUGCCAGAGUUGGCGAUGCUGAUGCCUCCAAUGAAAAUGGAAACAUUUCAGAGGAAAGAUUAAUUUUCUUGCCUGAAAUGAUGGCUUCUGUAAAGAAGUUAUAUCUGGAGGGUGUUGUAGAAGUGGCUGCUAAAGCCCAUGAAGAUGCUGGUGCAAAUAUUACAUCUAUUCCUAAUAAUGAUGAUUCUUCUUCACAUGAAUUAGCAUCUGGGAAUUUCAAUGCGUGCUUGGAGGCAGAAUCAGAUGGAGAUGGUGAAAAUCAGAAAAUUUCUAAAAUCGAACCUACAACAGCUGAAGCUGAAGCUUUGGCUAGAGGAUUACAGACAAUAAAAAAUGAUGAUUUGGAAGAAAUUAGAGAGCUUGGUUCAGGCACAUAUGGGGCUGUUUACCAUGGAAAAUGGAAAGGCUCCGAUGUUGCUAUUAAAAGAAUAAAGGCUAGCUGCUUUGCUGGGAGGCCAUCUGAGAGAGAACGUUUGAUUGCAGAUUUCUGGAAGGAGGCUCUGACACUGAGUUCACUGCAUCAUCCCAAUGUUGUUUCUUUUUACGGUGUAGUUCGUGAUGGCCCCAAUGGAAGUUUGGCAACUGUCACAGAGUUCAUGGUAAAUGGAUCUCUUAAACAAUUUCUGCAAAAGAAAGACAGGACAAUUGAUCGGCGUAAAAGACUAAUUAUAGCCAUGGACGUUGCAUUUGGGAUGGAAUAUUUGCAUGGAAAGAAUAUAGUUCAUUUUGAUCUGAAGUGCGAGAACUUACUUGUAAACAUGAGAGAUCCACAACGACCUGUCUGUAAGAUUGGAGAUCUGGGCUUAUCAAAGGUCAAGCAACAUACCUUAGUGUCAGGGGGGGUUCGCGGAACUUUGCCAUGGAUGGCACCGGAACUGUUGAGUGGGAAAAGUCAUAUGGUAUCUGAAAAAAUUGACGUUUAUUCAUUUGGGAUUGUCAUGUGGGAGCUGCUUACUGGGGAAGAGCCUUAUGCAAAUAAGCACUGCGCUUUCAUAAUUGGGGGGAUUGUGAACAAUACCUUGCGCCCUCAAAUCCCGACAUGGUGUGACCCUGAGUGGAAAACUUUGAUGGAAAGUUGUUGGUCCUCUGAUCCAGCAGAGAGGCCAUCAUUCUCUGAGAUUUCACAGAAGUUGAGGAAGAUGGCUGCAGCAAUUAAUGUGAAGUGAAAGGGUCAAUACUACAUGCAGAAAUGCUUAUUCUUCUUUUCUGACAAUGUAUACCCUUUUAAUUGUUGAGAGAGAAAACAUAGACACCUCAGUAUUAAGUGCCUACUGUUCCAUAAACAUACAGGCUUUUGCAGGAAGAUAUGCUUGUUAGGCAUAUGUGAACAUUCAUGGUGUUGCCAAGCAUGCUAUUAUUCUUCAUGUAGUGCAACUAUGCUUUCGUACUGUUUGUACAGUAAAAUACCUUUUUAGGCAAUGGACCUGGAGGCCUGUUAAAGAUGACCAUAUCACAUAGAGCUUUUGGGGACCUUUGGCAUUUUUUGGGAAAUGGGAUAUGUUAUGAUCUAUAUCCUUUGAGUUGGAACUUAGUAUGCACUGAUGUGGAAUGCUGCUGGAUGCGUUUGGAUGAAGUAAGCAUGUUGGAAUUUGGCGGUCAUGUGGGUUGGACCUUGGGUCCAACGUAGGAAAGGAGCUUUUGUAUGCACCCUUAAAGGCCUAAUUACUGUACUCUGGGAUUAUUAGCAGCAUGAUCAAGAAGCAGACGCCCAAAAUUUUGGAGAUUUGAACUCUUGAACAGCUUAUUUCAGGCUCUGCCCAUUACAUGACUUUCAUUGCUUAUCCCUGUAUCUCCAGAACUAUUUGAUAUAUUUCAAUAGCUUCUACUUCAGAUAACAUCAGUUGGACACUGCUUCUAGAGAUACUAGUUCUUUUUUUAUAACAAUACAUGGAUAUCUUAUGCA